UCCCCCAGCCACAAACCCCAUAACAUUGGAGGCGCGCUCCCGUGAACUAAUUCAUUGUAUCAGACUGAGACGGGAGGAAGCAGAGAGAGACUGGAGAGCCGCGUAGCUUCAAGAAAUACUGAAAAACCCGACCGCUUGGCAUAUAAACUGAAGGGAUGGCAGCCAUCCGGAAGAAGCUGGUUAUAGUUGGGGAUGGUGCAUGUGGGAAGACUUGCCUUCUUAUUGUCUUCAGCAAGGACCAGUUCCCUGAGGUCUAUGUUCCCACAGUUUUUGAGAACUAUGUUGCUGACAUCGAGGUGGACGGCAAACAGGUGGAGUUGGCUCUCUGGGACACAGCUGGUCAGGAGGACUACGACAGGCUGAGACCCCUCUCCUACCCAGACACUGACGUCAUCCUCAUGUGUUUUUCCAUCGACAGCCCUGACAGCUUGGAAAACAUUCCUGAGAAAUGGACCCCGGAGGUCAAACACUUCUGCCCAAAUGUCCCCAUAAUCCUUGUAGGAAACAAGAAAGAUCUACGUAAUGAUGAGCACACACGUCGAGAGCUGGCCAAGAUGAAGCAGGAACCAGUGAAGUCAGAGGAAGGGCGGGACAUGGCCGGGCGCAUUACAGCUUUUGGUUACAUGGAGUGCUCUGCAAAGACCAAGGAUGGCGUACGGGAGGUUUUUGAGAUGGCCACCCGGGCAGCGCUGCAAGCCCGUCGUGGAAAGAAGAACAAUAAAUGUGCACUGCUGUAAAAUGGCAGACAUAUUUGGACUGUUUUUGUCCUGGGCUGUUACACCCAGGGAUAGGGCUCAGUGGGGAAGGAGGGAUUACUAGAACGAGAGGGAGGGGAGGGGAGGGGAAGCAAAGACUGCAGUACAUGACUACCGCUGUAAACAGGCUGUUUGUUGGACUGUAUUUACCCUGGGUCUUGGGUUUAGGGAGAAGGGAGCACGGUAAAUGACUACCGCUGUAAACCAUCAGGCUCUUCACCUGUGUGUGUUUCAUUGGGGCGGGAGAUUUACACCAGCUACCGGCCAAGAGUUGGUUAUAUUUGGUCUUUUUCAGCAAGCCACUGACACUGAUUGAGAUGAUUGAGAAAUUCCAGUCCACUGUUAAAAUCAGGCAGGUAAAUCUUCGCUUUUGAGAAGACUGUUUAGUUUUUUACCGGGGGGGAAGAUUCAUCCCCAGAAGAUUUAGUCUGGAGUUAGGGCUGACGUUGGACCGCCACAAAGGUCUCCAUGAUGAAGCGGACACCAAAUCAGAGCACCUCUAAGUUUUGCUUGCUCUUCAUUGCUUGUUGAAUGCUAUAAACAGAUUACUUGAACAUCCGUAAAAGUAGGCAAAUCACCAGUGAACUAUUAUGAGGAUCAUCCCAAAAAUAGCCUUCCAGCGUACCUCCAUGAACCAUCUCUCUGUAAGAUACGAAAUGAGCAGGGCUGAUUUGUUUCACUUGAGGUGACAUGCUCAUGCCUCUGUGGCGCAUUGUCUCUCGCGGUGUCUAAUCCUGCGCUUACAGACUCCCAGAGAGAGACGCAUUGAGAUUUAGUCUUGCUGAGAUAAUCUACAUGUUUCAUCAGGAAAAAGCUUAAGGUUGAUUUUUAGAUCAAAUUUGAUCAUCUCAUUUGUCAAGCUGUAAGCAUCUUAUGUUAGGACUGUCCAGAAGAUCACUGGAAAUGUCACUGGUGGCCUACACUGCUCCUGGUAGAUCUACUUUGAGAAGGUGAUCAGCCAUCAUUUGCAUGCUCCUUCUACAUUUAAACCUGUUGGACUGAAUCAGUGGAAGUGGCAGAGGCAUCGCGGUCCCACUGGAUGACAAAGGUAACUUCCUGCCCUGACGUUUAGACCAGGACAAAGAACAAGGAGAGGGUGGGAAAUAUUGUUUACAUGCACAAAAAUUGAUCCUCUUGUUUGGGAUGAACAAUGAAAGCCUUGUGUUUAGGCAUGAAAAAAUGUUGAACAUACAGUAAUAAUUCAUUUUUGAGAAAGAUGGACCGUUAUUUACAUAUUUCAGUUAAACUGCUCCCAUCUGCUUUAUUAGAAAAGUGGACAAAUAAAAACAUGUAAAACGGUUUAUCUGGAAUAUUUUACACGGGAAUGUCAGAUUCGUUUGGUUGGCCAGCCAGAUGGAUUUUGUGCAGGUAAUCUGAGUUGCUGUGCAGUUAAAGGUUCAACUUCCUGCUGUUCAUUUUGGAGUAUUUUUAAGACCUUUUCUUAAAAAGAUGUAUGGCCAGUCUUUAUUUGGGUUAAUAAGCAGUUUAAUUUAAUGUUAAACUGGCAGAGUCAGGGUCUCUUGGCAGCAUUAUACCCUCCUGUUCUUCUUCCUGGCCUACUGGGUGGAGCCUGUUCCAGAAACCAGUCUUAUGUUGUAUUUUAUUUUCAGCUUUUUAAAAAACAAAAUACAUUCAUAAACAUGUCUAUCAGUAUUUAAAAACAAAAAUAGGAGGUGGAAGUCUAGGAAAUUAUUCAUGUUGCUUUAGUUUCUUUGUUUAUUUUCCUUUCUUGGCGCUUUACUGGAAUUUUUCAUAUUUACAGUUUGGUUGUAAGAAACCAUCAAUCAUCCCUGCCAGAUGCUGUUGUUAGGCAGUCAGGAGAAAGGCUGGCCUCCGGGCUGCCUGUCUAGAGCACCGUCAGGGCCAUGAGUGCCGGCUUUUUUUUUUUGUUUUGCACACAAACCUGGCUGAAAAGACAGAGGAGGGGGGUCAUAAAUGGGCUUAAGUCUCAUAAUGUACAAAUCAUUUUUUUAAUUUUUAGAUUUUACUCUUCAUUUUUAAAUCCUGAUUUUGGGAUGCUGAAGCAGUGACAUAAAUGGAGGAACAGGAAAUCCACGCUGUAUGCAAAGUCUGUAAAUAUGAAAUGUGGGGUUGGUUCAUACUAGACUACACACGCACAUGACUGGAAACUAUUUGUAAACUAGCUUUGGUUUGUGUAAUAAAUUACUUUCUAUAACACCCA